AUGGUGGAGCACGUCUGUGGGAACGUGUGCCCAUUCAGCUCCAAGAGCACUGGUGAGGUCAGGACUGUCAAUGACCUGCUUCCCUUCCCUGCUGGAAGCUCUGUUGCCAUUCAAUCAUCUAGCCUCACCAAGCCUCUUGCCGCUCAAUCAUCUAGCCCCGCCCAGCAUCCUACCACGCAAUCAUCUAGCCCCGCCCAGCAUCCUACCACUCAAUCAUCUAGCCCCGCCCAGCAUCCUACCACUCAAUCAUCUAGCCCCACCCAGCCCCCUACUACUCAAACAUCUAGCCUCUCCAAGCCUCUUGCCAUUCAAUCAUUUAGCCCCGCCCAACCUCCUACAACUCAAUCAUCUAGCCCCACCCAGCCUCCUACAACUCAGUCAUCUAGCUCCACCCAGCCUCCUACCACUCAAUCAUCUAGCCCCACCCAGCCUCCUACCACUCACUCAUCUAGCUCCGCCCAGUUUCCUACCAGUCAAUCAUCUAGCUCUGCCCAGCCUCCUGCCACUCACUCAUAUAGCCCCUCCCAGACUCCUGUCACUCACUCAUUUAGCCCCACCCAGCCUCCUACCACUCAGUUAUCUAGCCUUUCCAAGCCAACUCCCACCCAAUCAUCCAGCUAA